GUCGCCAAAUAUUCCUCUUCAAUGAUCUCUGCAAGUGAUUUAUUACUUACCAAUCCUAACAGGGUUAGAUCAUCGAAAUAACAGCAUCUGCCCUUCAAGUUGUUCAUAAGCGUUUUAAGAAAAGUACUAUUUAGAAGGCCUAUUUUUCACUCCAGAUUGUUUCGAUCAUGAGAGUGACGACUUUGUAUAGUUUCAACACCUCUAGUGCGUUGAAAUAAAAGCAAAACAAAAACGAAAUACCCCCCCCCCCCAAACGAAAAAUAACUAAAUGUCAAAUUAUUUACACAUAUUUUAUCUGUGCCUAUAUUUAUAAUUAAAUUAAAAACGCUGGAACUAACAUAAUCAAAUCUCUGUUAUUAUAUAAUCAACACAAAAAAUGGCCGAAGCCGAUGAACUAAAUAAGGAAUUCGAAUGUGCCAUGAAACAGUUCGAAAGAGCUCAUCAGCAUUUGAAUUACCGCGAAAAGUCCAUUGCCACCGAGUGGAUAAAAAAAUUGAAGAAAGCUAACAACUCGAUAGAGGAUUUGAAACUACGUUUAGAUUUCAUCGAUUAUUUCAUCAAUUGUUCCAAGUGCAGCAUUUUCAGCACAGAACCAUUCAAUAAAGUGCCGCAUCCAAAUGCUUCGUUGCAGAAGUUGCGUAAUAUGCUGCCAACCAGCCAUAAAAUUCGUAGUGUUGACGCAACUUCCGAUGAACAACGUAAACUUUAUGUUGAGGAAAUGUUUGACAAUAUGGCGGAUAAAGGUGCCUUUCUUUCCGAUCAGCCAGUGCCACUGGAUGGUACAUUCUUUCUGGUGAUAAUAAAUCAAAAAUAGAUAUUUCAAACCACAUCAUAUAUUGUGGUUUAUUUUUUAUGUAUUUACAAAUUUAUCUCUGAUCAAAAUAUACUGCAUAUGUAUGUAAAAUUUAUAGUUGUAACAUAUUAUAUAUACAUUUUAUAAUUUUAAAAUCUCCGUUGAACAUUUAAAAGAAAUAUGACUGCCUAUAGUUUGCAUUGCUUAAAUAAUUAUACUUAUGUUUACUUUAUUCUUAAAUUUACGUUGAAAUUCACUUACGUAUAUACCUAAUAAAAUGCUUACAACAAUCGGAGUCUAUCGUGUACGUUUUUAAAUAUAAUAUUAUAUGUAUGCCUACUAAAGUUUACACGUAUAUUUACAAUUAAAUAAAGUUAAAUUUUUUAAUAC